CCUCCAUUAAUGAUUCACGGGCUCAAAUAAAAGGGAUUUAAGUUGACGUUGCGUCACGUGAGCGGAGCGCAUAAUACUGCGCGAUGUUAUGGCACGGGGAAGAAAACCGGAGCCCCGGUCUGGCCAUAUGAUGCUGAUUAUAUGCGGGUUACCCCCACUUUCCGUGAGGGGAGUCCGGGCUGUGUAGUUUGUUUAUCGAGGGGAGAAAAAAGAAAAGAGAGGCAGACUGAAAGACAGAGGAUCCCGGGUUUGUGGAUGUAUUAUACUGCUGUCACGGACGGAUAUGUUUUUCCACGCGGACAGAGUCAGAGCCCGAGCUUUGGGAGGAUGGAUUUUAUUUUGAGAGCUAAGUAAAUCCAGGCCAUCGCAAGGUCUCCGAGACACCUUGAACUGCCUUCGGUUCACCCGAGGAGGCCAUUGGCGGAGAGGCGUCACGUGACCACGGGGUGCCAAUGUUAUUCUACAAGGGUGUCAAGACCCUGUCAGUUUCUGAAAUAAAUAUUGGGAAACGGCGAGAUGCAAAAGGCAACCUACUACGACAGCUCCGCAAUUUACAGUGGCUACCCAUAUCAAAGCGCAAAUGGCUUCAGUUAUGAUGCCAAUCAGGUCCAAUAUCCCCGGGCCUCUCAUGUGGAAAGUGAGUACCAUCGACCUGCCUGCUCCCUGCAGUCUCCUGACGGCUCCGUGGCUCUGCAGAAGCCGGGGGAGAUGGCGGAGAGCUGCGACAGGACCACAGCAAUUCAGGCGGCGCAGUCCAAGGUUCAUCCCGAAAGCAAUCAACCGCCUGUGCCGGUGUCAGGCCCACCCCCUCCUUCACAAUCCCCCGGUGCUAUCAGCCAAAACACAAGCAACGGGUCCAACCAGCCCAGUGCUAAGAACGGCUCCCCGACCUCUACUGCUCGCAGCAAACAGAUCUUCCCCUGGAUGAAGGAAUCACGUCAGAACACCAAGCAAAAAACCACAAGUAGCUCCAGUUCAGUGGAGAGUUGCCCCGGAGACAAGAGUCCUCCGGGGUCAGCAGCAUCGAAGAGGGCCCGGACAGCUUACACCAGCGCCCAGCUAGUGGAGCUGGAGAAGGAGUUCCACUUUAACCGGUACCUGUGCAGACCCCGGAGGGUGGAGAUGGCUAACCUGCUCAACCUCACUGAGAGACAGAUCAAAAUCUGGUUCCAGAACCGCAGGAUGAAAUACAAGAAGGAUCAGAAAGGCGUCGGAAUGAUGCCUUCCCCUGGUGGACAGUCCCCGCGGAGUCCCGUGGGCCCGGCCUCCGGUGGUGGCGGCGGAGGAGGCGGAGGAUACCUCAACUCUAUGCAUUCUCUUGUAAACAGUGUACCUUAUGAAUCCCAGUCGCCGACGUCUUACAAUAAACCUCAUCAAAAUGCAUACGGUAUGGCCACGUCAUAUCCCCCUCCUUUGAACAGCUCCCUCAACAACUGCCCGCCCUCCCAGAAGAGGUAUCCCGGGACCGACUCGGCCACGCCCGAGUAUGACGCGCAUCCUCUCCAAGGAAAUGGCAACUACGGGACGCACAUGCAGGGCAGCCCCGUUUAUGUCGGCGGAGGGUACAUCGACUCAAUGCCCAAUUCUGGGGCCUCCGUUUUCGGUCUGACCCACCUCCCGCACCCGCCGUCCGCAAACAUGGACUACAAUGGAGCAAUCACAAUGGGCAACAGUCAGCAUCACGGAGUGUGUGAUCCGACACCGACGUACACAGACCUAACGCCGCACUACUCUCAGGGAAGAAUCCAGGAAGCGCCCAAACUGACGCAUCUGUAGCGGUGGCGCUGCCCGGAUCACUCCGCCCAUUGUCUUACCCACCUCCAGACACAUUACUGCUUUGUUUCUGCGCCUCCUCACGGCUUCCACCUUAUCUCCGCCUUUGUUUAUGUUCUCUAUAGUUUGAUGUGUGAAGUAGCGUAGGAUAAAUAAUCACGACUUGCUUGAAUUUUUCUCUAUUUGCUCGUGUCAUUGUCUCACAAAGACCUUUAUCUGGGCUAUAGGACGUCUAGAGCGGGAGGGAGGGGGGCACAGUACCUAUGUGCAUAAGCCUAUUUAAUCUUUUUUUUCCUCAAAAUCUUGUUUUAAAAUUGAAACUCAAACAGGGUAUUAUGAACGUAUGCUAUUCAUUUUUUAAUGUGAAUUUGUCCGUCUUUUAUUUAUCCGAAGUUGAAGAAUUGUGUUUUGCAUUUUGUUGCACUUGUGAAAGGAUCGUUCAAGCCACGAGCUUGGAUUGUGAGGGAAAUACAUUUUCAGCCACAACAACAACAACAACAACAACAACAAGGGUCAGGAGCUUACACGCAACCUCCCUUGCUUGUGUUUUGUUCUAUUGGACUUUAUAAUGUUAUUUAUUUGUUUGGUGUAAAGAUGAAAGAGUCCUUUAGUAUUAUUUGACACCCAUGCGAUCUUUGUGUGGGGAGAAGGUUGGUGGAUAUUAGCGUCUCGGCCCUUUCCCAGCCCAUACAUGUAGCCUGCAGAAGCAGCAGCAGCAGCUCACCAUGUUGCUAUUAUAGCCUAUGUUUCCAUUUUUUUCUUCUUCUUCUUCGAGGAGGUGUUUUAUUUUCUCAGCGAAUGUAAAAUCAAUCAGUCAUGCAAUAAGGGUGGAAAGAAGGACACACGUUAGCAGUCUCUUUAUUGAAGAAAAAAGAAAGAAAAAAGAAAGAAAGAAAGAAAGAAAGAAACGGACAUCAUCCAUUUUUCUUUCGAUGUCAUACAUUCCAUGCUGCUCCAGUUCGAAGAAAUAAAUAAAAGAACUGAAAUAUAAUUGUAGCAUAUCCUUCAGUUUUAAUUUAGAAACAUCAGAAGCAUUUCACGUGAUCACAAAAUUAAAUACAAGGCAGUUUCUUAAAUAAAAACAACUUUUAAAAAACACAUUUCUAGUUUUGCUAUUAUUACAUUUUGUUAUUGUUGUUAUAAAUUUCAUGAUAGUAUAAAAUUAUCAAGGUGAUAACACAAAAGCAAUUGGCAGUAAAUUAGAAGCAUAGCAAAAUACUAAUAAUAAACCAUAGAUGGCAAUUGGUAAAUGUAUGUUAGUUUAUUAUUUAUGCAUCAAAAUAAUAUGGGAUCAGAGAUAUAAUUAAUAACCAAUAGCAUCAAAGUAAAGGGCCGCGGAUAAAAUCAAACGCUGAAUAAAAGCUACUUGAUUUUUUUUCCCCCCUCCCUCCUCUUGAUUCGACGUGAAGAAAACUCUCGGGUGGCCUUCUCCCCUCCUCUCAUCUGCGUGGGCACAUCCAUAAUAAUAAAAAUGUCACCCAGGCCUUUCUGGAGAUUCUGCAAGAAGACAACAAGCUAAAUGAGAAAAUCGUUUGGAAAAUAAUUCCCUGAUAUGAUCAGUCAGUCAAAUGCGGUCAGAGAGGAUGCAGGCUGAACUGGAAUCAUAACGGGAUCUUAUUUGUCUCAUUAUUCUCCAGAUUUGCGGAUGUCAGCGUUAAGCCGGUUCAACAAGAAGCACCUCGGUUACGAGGAUGGUUACAGAAAAAGGAAAUGAUCAGUGGCAAGCUGAAAAACCGACGAUGUAUUCCUCUCUGUGUAUUUUUGCUAAACUGAAAGGGUUGUGUAGCAAUGAUCAUACAUUUAAAACAUAAAAAAAUGUGUAUUUCUUUUCUUUAUUUGCAGUAAUUUCCUAGUAUUUAUGAUUUUUCAAAAUACAACUCAAACACGUGAAGCUGAAAUGCUCAUAUUGUUUUGUAAUUUACUAAAAUUUUCUGGAAAAAAAUUGCAUUUUUUAAUUUUUAUUUUAAUCAUGCUCAGAGAGUUUUCUGCCUUUCUCCUCAGAUCAUCUAAAACCUUUUGUGCCAUGAUCAAUCUUGAUGAUUAUGUUAUGCCUUUGUGCAACUGCAGUAUUAUUUGUUCUCACUGAUUUUGCAGCAAGAAUUCAUUUUCAGCCCAAUCUGAUUGAUAUAAGAGGGCAUGGACAUUAGGAGCCCUGACAUAUGGUUAGCAGGGAAACCUAGAACAAUUGAACCAUGGUGUGUCAUAGCAAAAAAAAAAAAAAAAAAAGCUGAUGCACUGUGUAUUUCUGCAUCCAACACAGGCAGACACACACGCGCGCGCGCCCACAUGUGCACACGCAUGCACAGCGAGACACUGAUUUGACCCAUAUGUGCCAUACACAGGUAGCCCAUAAAUAACGUUUUAGCCGAAACUGGGAUUUGUAUUUCUUUCACAGCAUUUCCAUCCGUGGGAAAGUGCUCCUAAAUCAAUCCUGCUGCAGAGACAAGUGUGUAGGACAGGCUGGGGUCCACUAAAUGCCGCCACCCACUCCUUUCCUUGCACACAAAGCCUGUGCGUAAUUCCAAAAAAGCCAUCCAUCUCUUCCCCUAGCAACUCUGUCCUUCACCACACAGUCUGCUCCGCGCACAAACCUGCAUGUCCACCGAAACAAAAAAAAAAAAAACAAAAAACGUGUCGUUGUGUAAAUCGUAUUCACACUUCAAAGAUAAAA